AUGCGCGCGGCGCGGGGCAGCGCGGGGCAGAGCGGCGCGGGCACGAUGGCCGGCGGGGAGCAGCGCGGCGCGCCCGGCGGCCCCGAGCGGGUGGCGCUGAAGAAGGAGAUCGGGCUGCUCAGCGCCUGUGCCAUCAUCAUCGGUAACAUCAUUGGUUCUGGGAUCUUUAUAUCACCGAAAGGAGUUUUGGAGCACACAGGCUCGGUAGGACUGGCUCUCAUUAUUUGGGUGCUCGGCGGUGGCGUCGCUGCCCUGGGAUCUCUGUGUUAUGCUGAGCUGGGAGUUACCAUCCCCAAAUCAGGAGGGGACUAUUCCUACGUCACAGAGAUCUUUGGUGGGUUAGCUGGGUUUCUGCUGCUUUGGAGUGCAGUGCUUAUCAUGUACCCUACAAGUCUGGCUGUCAUCUCGCUGACCUUCUCAAACUAUGUCCUGCAGCCCGUGUUCCCUAACUGUAUUCCCCCCUAUAAUGCUACUAGGAUUCUCUCCAUGGUGUGUUUACUACUCCUGACCUGGGUGAACAGCUCCAGCGUUCGAUGGGCAACACGCAUUCAGGAUAUAUUUACAGCAGGAAAACUCUUAGCCUUGGCCCUUAUCAUUACUGUGGGCUUCAUACAGAUCUUUAAAGGAAACUAUGAAGAGCUGACACCGAGCAAAGCAUUCAAUUUUUGGAUGACUCCAUCUGUGGGGCAUUUAGCAUUAGCUUUCCUUCAAGGGUCGUUUGCAUUUAGCGGCUGGAACUUCUUGAACUAUGUAACAGAAGAAUUGGUUGAUCCCCGCAGGAACCUACCUCGUGCCAUAUUCAUAUCCAUCCCAUUGGUGACAUUUGUGUAUACGUUCACCAACAUUGCAUAUUUCACUGCCAUGUCACCCCAAGAGCUCUUGUCCUCCAACGCUGUGGCGGUAACAUUUGGUGAAAAGUUACUGGGCUAUUUUUCCUGGGUUAUGCCAGUCUCAGUGGCCCUAUCUACAUUUGGAGGAAUAAAUGGAUACCUUUUUACCUCAUCAAGGUUAUGUUUCUCUGGUGCCCGAGAAGGCCACUUGCCAAGCUUGCUUGCCAUGAUCCAUGUGAAGUACUGCACACCCAUCCCUGCCCUGCUUGUCUGUUGUCUGGCCACUCUUAUCAUCAUGCUUGUUGGAGACACGUACACACUAAUCAACUAUGUGUCAUUUAUUAACUACCUCUGCUAUGGAGUGACAAUUAUAGGCCUGAUUGUGUUACGCUGGAAGAAACCCAAAAUCUUCAGACCUAUUAAGGUGAACCUCCUCAUUCCCAUCACUUACCUGGCAUUUUGGGCAUUUCUGCUGGUCUUCAGCCUAUACUCUGAGCCGGUUGUCUGUGGAGUCGGACUCAUUAUCAUUUUAACUGGAGUGCCCGUGUUUUUUCUUGGAGUCUACUGGAGAAAUAAACCAAAGUGUGUAAAUAGGCUAAUAGGUAAGCACUGCUGCAGUGGCUUGGUGCACUUUUUGGGCCCACUGCUCGUGGCCUGCAGGGCUCAGCCCCCCCAGUGCCGAGAUCCCAGCAAGAUCAACCACCGCUGGCAUGCACAGCCUUCAGACCCCCAUGCAAAACAGGCCAGGUGCUGCUUAUGGAUGGAAUUACUUCAGUUUUAAAUUAGAAGGAAUGACAAGCCACCAGGCAGACAGGCACGUUGCAGGUGAGCCCUGGACAGGAGGUAACAGAUGUAUUUUUGUGGCUGUUUGUGUGGGUAACUGCUUUCUUCAUCACUUGCCAUAUUCACUUCCACUUGUGCCCCUGUGCAUCCCCCAGCUCACUCACCACAGCCUCAGCCACAAAGCAGAUGCACAAGAGUAUCACUUUAAGCACAUAAAGACCAAACGAACCACCACAAAAAGAAUAAUAAAUGACAGAACUCUGCCUGUCCCUCACCCCGCUCUCAUCCCAGCAGCACUGCAGAAUCCCUGCACGGCAUGAUGAAUUAUUUCUCACUCAAAUAACAAGAAAGCCUUGCUUUGUCCCCUCACAUCACAGUGCACAUGUUGCUUGUGAUUGGGCUGUGCUUGGCUUGCAGCUGUUCUGUGGUGAGGACUUUCCCUAAGCAGGAGCAGCUGCCUGCCUGGCUGCAGCCCAGCUCCCUCAGUGCGACCACUGGGCACUGGCGCUACCUCAGGGAUGGCCCAGCAGGCCUCUGGGCAGCACGAAGGGCUCUUUGCAGCAAAGAGACAUUCCUAAAGGCGCCUAAUUUUAACUCACCUGCGCUUUGCAAACACUGAUGUGUCACUCACUAGAGAUAAAAGCAGCCAAAGGGAAGGCGGGCGGUGCGGAGGGGCCAACACCUCUGUGAGGAAGAUGGCCGCCGGGUCACACAGUGCUCGAGCCACCGUGCCAACUGCAGCCGUGCUAACCGCAGCCUUGCUCCUUGCAGAGUCGGUGACGUGCUGGGGACAGAAGCUGUGUUUUGUGGUGUACCCCCAGGGCGGGGCGGCCGAGGAGCCUGCUGCCCACUGCCACCUGCCCACCAGCGACAAGUCCCCAAGGAAAUAGCGGAGCGGCCUCUGCGGCCGAGGGGGCUUCUUGUUUACAUGCCCAUUUUUGCAAAAAGAUUUUCUGGAAUUAAAGAAAAAGAAAAUUUUAGAGAAUAGUGAGCUACACACUUUAUGGCAUCUGUAGCUUUUAGUUUUUCCCUAAGAAAAAAAGAAAAAAGAAAAAAAAAAAACAAAUAAAAUAUGAAAUAAGGCACUGGUUGUUAUUUUUUUUUGGCAGCACACUCGCUCACCAGGGGAACGCGGCACAGCUACGGCUCUGAAAUACUGAUUCUAGCAGCCAUAAGGGCCUGUUUGACACUGAGAGAUUGGGGCACCUAAAAGCAUUUCUAAAGCUCCCCAUCACAAAACCAAAAUGGUGAAAGCCAGGGGAGAGGAGACGUGGGGACAACCCUGCUGCUGCCUCGGCAUAGGCACAGCCCAAAGGAUCAUUUCUCCCUAGGACAGCUGGUAGGGCACCCACACAGCCAGGGCUGCAAGGGACAGGGAAGCACGUGGGACAGGAUCAAGCCUGGGUUAUUGUACCAAAGAAGUGAGCUUGAGCAUUCAGACAUCAUUUGAUGUGAUAAGACCUCAAGCAUCUUCAUUUUUGAAACAUUUUUGCUUGGGCUCCUGCACAACAGGGAGAUCUCGAAGGAGCCAGGAACAAAACCCAGUGCUACUCUUUGCUAUGAGUCAGAUGACACUCCUCAGUUUAACGGUGCUCAGAGAAGCAGCAAGACUACAUCAUUCUCACAUCAGAUGCUCUUUAGAAAGUGUUUUGCAUAUUUUAUUUGCAGCAAACACUAAAAAAAAAAAAUCUGGUUCAUACAUUCAAUAAAUUCACAGAGAUCUGCUGCUGUAGCAAUAUGGCCACUUUCACACCAAAGAAUCUUUUGAAAAUGCAAAAUGCAGGAAUAGCUCUAAGCAACAUUUUGAAUAGCUCCUGUUCUUUUGUAACUUUUGAAAAAUAAAAGCUAUCACAUUCAGUCGCCUUGGUAACAGCCACAGGAAUUUAAUUCUUAAAGCAGCUCUGUGUUAGUGGCCUUGGUAGAAAAAUUAGGGGUUCAUUAAUCUCUUAGUUUGUCAGGUACCAUACAUUGUACAAAGAUUGAAGAAUAGACUCAAAAUAUGGGGUGAGUUCAAGGAAAGUGACUUUCCAAUACAAUGCAUUAUUUAGAAGUAUUUUUUAUCUUUAAAUGUCUGUCCAUGUCUGUCCAAGCCUAGAGAUGAUACACUGAAAAGAAAUGCAGUUUACACCCUUCUCCUUCUAUAAAGCUAUUAAUCGUAAGAUGUUAAAAUAUAUAUUUAGUUAAAGAAAAACAUGGCUUUGUGUGUACGUAUACACACACAUCUCAGGUACCAAUAGAAAUGUAUGAAACCUACAACUGCUACCCAGGCAAUCAAAGACUAAAUUAAAGAAGCCACUGCCUCACAGUUGCUAACUAGCUUCAGCUCAUCUUCCCUGACUGUAUUUCAAUGCUCUAAAACAAUAAACAUUUGCCCUUAGAUCAGAAGGCUGAAUUUAAAACAGGAUUGGGUAGAGCUUAUCUUUGAAUUAUAUACCACUCUCCAAAAGCUGUUUCAAGAUGUCUUAUUUCAUUUUUAGAAACAGCUUCAUCUGUCCUCCCAACAUGUAUAUUAUUUACUUAUUUAUGUCUUUGCAAAAGUUACUUCCUAGUGCACACUAUUUCUAGCCAUAGAAAUCAACAUACGGAGCUUGGAAGACCAGUUCAUAUGCUGACUGAAAUUUAGCAGUGUGCUCAGCUUUGUUCAGGUAUGACUUUUUCAAAAAACGAAACAAAAAUCCCAGAGAAGACGUAACUGCUAUUACUUCUAAGCCCACUGAACAAAAGCAAAAUCCCAAGAAAGCUGAUACUACAAAUACCUCAAGAACGUUGCAUGAUUCAAUGCAGAAAAGCUAGCCCUUCCCAAAAGAAAUGUUUUGUAAUUUUGAAGUAUUUGCUGUGGUGAUACAACUCUUGCUGAUUUUUGUUUCCUGCAGCAUUUUGAUGUCCCCUUUAUUGAUAUGUAAAUCAUGAUAACCUGUGCAUUAGCUUUUCUGCUCUGAAGGAGAAACUCCCAAAGAACAUCUCCACCUCAGCUGCAACAAGUGCACCUUCUCCAGGUCAUUUUCUGCAACUAAUUCAUACAAUUUUACCACCAUCUCCAUACAAAACAAAUUCACCCUAGCUGAAUUACACUAAUAGGAACAGCAGCAUUAAAAUGAGUUUAAAGCUUUAAAAACCAACACAUUUCUACACAAACCUGUAUUUUACAUACUAUUCUGUUUAUGUAACUGCAUACAUACACAAAGUAUGAGAGGCUAUAAUGCAGAAAAAUACUCUGCUGUUCAUUCUUUUAGUGCUGGCAAUACCAUUUGGGAAAUUUCACAGUAGUAAUAGAGGUAAUGCAAAUACUUAGAAAAGUAUCACCUUUAAGUUAGCUUUUGAGACUGAAGCUAGCAGGAGCUGUAUUGGAUUGAUCUUAUUGUAUUAUCACCAUACAAUUAUCGCAGAUCACAUCGUCACUGUGCCACGCAGUGCACACAACAGUGGGAAAACAGCCUCCCAAGAAGGAUGGCAUCCAACAGGCAGCAGGAGCUGCAGGGGCACAGGCAGGAGAACACAGGACUAAUGAGGCAGAGCUGCGUGGCACAGCUGCUCCUGCAGGCCCCACUGCUCUCAAAUGUUUUCAUGACCUUGGUAUGGGAAUUGGCUGUUUCCAGUUGACACCGGUACAUCAGGCAAAAGACCUUGAUCUCGGCAAGGUCAAGACAAAACACUCAUAUCAGUUCAGAGCUUUUACUCAACUCAGCAAGGAUUCAUGAGUCACUGUGUAUUUAAUAUUCCAUACACAAGCAUAUUAAUUGGAAGUAACUUUACAAAUAUGUAUUGAAAGAUACACAAGCAAUCUUUCAUCAGCUGAGCUCAAUGAUUUGCUGUCCCACACAAUUUUCAGAGGUCUUCAGGAAAGAUUUUCUCAUUUUUCAUUCUCUAAUCUGCAAAUUCUGGGAACAAAAUACAUUUUCUUUUUAGGCUCUUUUGAGAGCCAAAUGAAUGACAAGACAGAAAUUACUGAGCUUCUGAAGUAUGCAUCAUAAAUGAAAGCUUCAUUAAAAAAAAAAAAAAAGUGAAGGGUAAAGCCUUGCUUGGAAUUUGUCUUUUCCUAAAUCUGAGUUCCAACUGCUUUGGCUCCUCGCUUGGGAACAGGCCCCUGUGUGGAGCAGGGACUGUCUCCUGUUACUAAAAGCAAAGCACCUUUUGUUUAAUUUUAAAACUUCUCAUUCCUCAACACUUCUCACUGGUGCUCUAACUUCAGCUAUGCAAGAAGUUUUUGCAUUUGGACAAACAAAAAAGGAAAAUCCAAGGAAAAGGAUUUGAAAGCAGGCAAGGGGCACUGUUUUUAUUAGAGACCAAAAAUAAAUGUCUUAUGAACUUGGGGUAAGAGAUAGGAAUAGAAAGGAAGGAAACUUGGCACAUCAAAGCAGGAAAUGUAUGAAGUGCAAAAAAAGGGAAACUUCCACCACUCAAUCCGGCUGAAGACUAUUUAAUCCCUGAAGCCAAGAACACAAGAGCCAGAAUCUGAAAUGGGAAGGGUGGCUUAUUUAACAAUUUGCUACGUUAACAGACAUGAGAUGAGGCAUGCUACCUGGAAAGUUUGGGUCAUGGACGGAGAGGCUGCUAAAUCCUACUGCCUGCUCAGGAGAUGAAGAGACGCUUCCUGUUCUUAAAUAAGCAAAAGCAAUUCUUCUCUCAAAAAUCUGUUAAAAGAAAUACAUAAAUUACUUAAGACUUUCCAAGCUAGCUCCUUGGUUUGUCACAAGACACAUGCGUUGUGCUACAGAGGCUGUCAGCAAACACUGCUGCAAGUGCACGGGUAUCAUUUAUUACUCUGUCUCCCUUUUAUGAGCUCUAUUCAUUUCAGCCACGUUCACAUCAAUAUUAGGGUUGUAGUAUUACUGCUUGUGUCACUGUUAUUGAAGCUGAUUUAGCACUUCAUGGUGAAGCAAAGCAAUCACCCUUCUAUGAGGUGAGGCACUGUCAGUCCUCUAUAUCAAGCUGUGCCCUCCUAUUCUUCAUGGUUAUGGAUAAACCCUAAUGACUAUGAAGUCUGUACAAUUCUCUACUACACAGAUAUUUCCAAGUUUGUAGAGCAAACUUCUGCCAACACAAAAGAACUCAGCCUAUGCCUUCUACUAAAAAAAAAACAACCACAGCAGAAUAGAGCCAAUGGUUCCCUCCAAAGACAUAAGCAAACACUGGAGAGAGGAAGCAUCAGCGAAACAAACACAGCCCCAGCAAUUGGCAGUGAGGUGCUAUAUUUCAGGAACAGGGUUUUUUGUCUGUUUUUUCUCUGCAACAGAGUCAUAAAGAAUCAUAUACUCCACAGCUAUGUUUUGUUAUUUGGGGUAUAUGUAUGUGUCUUUUAAAGACAUCUGUAUACAACAGGAAAUUGUUAUUGCUAUUGGCAAGAUUUCAUGUGUACUUUCCAAAAAAACUGGUGCACAUCUACAGCUUCAGAUACCAGCAAGAAGUAUACCAGCAAGAAGUAUACCAGCAAGAAGCCAAGAAAAAAGAACCUCACACCAACUUCAGAUCUUCACACCAAAGGCUCAUAACUGACUCAACAUAUGGAGUCAGCAAUGGGCAGUGCUAACAGGUUGGCAGCCUCAAGUGACAGUCAGAAAUCCACAGUCUCCGGACACAUUAAAUUUUAUUAAAAAUUAAGAGAUUGAAGCAAGAGCAAAGUAUGAUGAUGCCCAGCAUCUUACUUGUAUUGUAUCAUUGUCCAGGAACCAGCAAACACAGGUAACCACGAUGCCAUACCUGAACCAUACAUCUGUACAUACAUUAUGGCAAAAUGUAUUUCAGUGAAUAUAUACAACAUACACACACACACCAAAAAAAAAAAAAAAAAAAAAGGCAGAGAACAGAAUAGAAAACAAGUACAUUUAAGGGAUGUUACAGAGUCAUACACAGGCUGGAAAGUGUUGCAAUUUCAAAUAGAAAUACACCCCGUGUUUUAAUAGCAAUAAGAGAGUAAGAGAGCACUUUAGUCGUGAUGCUGCCUGUGAGUGGUUCUUCUUAGAUCAGGAAGAGGCUUAAGUAUUCCUCUCUAUUCAGAGUUAUUUUUAGGAAACUAUUUUUUAGGGAGAUUGGACAGUGGAGUUUUGUAGGGUUUUUUGGUGUUGUUUCUUUUCUUAAAUCUUAAACACUUUUUCCCUUCUAUGAAAAUACUUAAAGAAUGCAGAAAAGCAUUAUUAAAAUAUUUUUUUAAAAGAUAAAUUCAUUAGCUCAUUAGGUUACAUAGUCAUUGAAGUGCAAUCAUAUUUUUCCACUGAGCAAAGAAUGAAAUUUUCUGUUCACACUUCAGCAUAGUAGCACAAUUUUUUUUUUAGUAAGUUCUGAAUAUAAGGAGGCAGCUUGCAUGGAACAGAAGCUGGGUGAGCUUCACUGACAGUCAAUUCUCUGCUUAAUGCUUACAAGUGGUGGAGAAAGGAGGGGUAGACAUAUACUAAGGCAGACUCUGAGUUUUCCUUCACGUAUCGACAUUUCAACACAUUUGUUUGUACCCACAGCACACAUGUACACAUUUCUUCUGCAAAACUGACUCUUGCCUCCAAGGAAUGGACUAGGGGAGUUAGGAGAGAAUAUUCUAUUGCAGAAUACAAAACAUAGGUGUUUACAAAAGCACCAGGCUUGUAUGUCUCAUUUAUGCAAGGCUGUAAAUUCCAGCAGUGAUGGCUGUGAAUAUUUCUGUACACUUCAAGCAUCAAAUUUUCAUUAACCUGGAUUUUUGUCAGUUUCUAAAUAUAAAUCCUUCUCACUGAAAUUUCUGCUGAGUUACCAAAUGGAUCAGUACACAAAAUAUGCAUUAUAUAUGUAAGAAAUUAUGUUAAGUUACAUCUUAAAAGAAAAUACAGUUCAGGGUUGUUCCCAGAAUAUAGAGUAAUUUGAAGUAUAUAUUUCAACUCUAACAUUUCAGCAUAUUUGAACCUCAAGAGCCUUACAAUGGUGAUAAUUUAAGGCAUAGUAUGAUCAAAAUUAUUUUUCUAUAGUAAUACAUUUCUGUAAGAGAAUUAAAUAUACACUUAUUCUGAAGAUCCUUCAUAUCAUCACAAUAUUAACCCUGAAACAAUCCUCCUCCCCACUAAGAUUAGGCUUACUGUUUUACAAAUAAAACUCCUAAGUAUUUAAAGUUACCUCUAGGAAAAAAAGAUGACACUAAAACCUGCAACCUUCGAUGCAAGCAAUCUGCCAGCAUGAUGACUACAGUACAUGGCAAAGGUGGAAUGCAUUUAAAAUGUUUAUAAAUGCUAUGAAAUUAACAUCUCUUUCAAAGCUUCAUUUUCCUUGAUGAAAUGAAUUCUGAUCACAAAAGCACUUGAGAAGAAAUGAGUGAGUAGUACUUACUUAAUGUAACCAUAACUUGCUCAUUACGCAUUUUGCUACAACCCUUUCUAUGCUCUUACAGACUUUGAAUCUUCUGCCUCUGGAAAACACUCUAUGAAACCAAUUUGCAACUGAAGACAAAAAAGUAAUUUCAAAGUCAUUCUUUCACAUUACAUUUCAGUAAAGUGAAAGUCUUAAUGCUUAUUUUUUUAAAGCACUCCCAAAGGAAGUCCUAGUGGAAGAUUCAGGACACAUACAGUCCAUUAAAAAACAUCUUUGACACUUCAAUGUAAACUGUUCACUGCAAAAGCCUGUGAGCUGUGGACAGCACACCCCACUUCUACAGACGCCCAAGUCCACCCCAGUUUUACAAGCUGAAGUUACCAGUUAAUAACUUCAGGCAAGUUAAAUUCCUACAGCAUUAAACAGCAUCAGAGCACUUGGAUACUUACAGAGGAGCAGCUGAGAUAACUUCUUCGUUAAUUUCUGUAUGUAGAAUUCUAGUUUGUUACUGCCUCACCAGAGGGCUGAGACAGAGCUUCUAAAAGGGCAGGGGGGGAGCCUGGCCCACGUUGGUUCAUGGCACCAUCCUAUCCUUUGCAACAGGGCCAGACUAUCAGACCAUAACCAGCUGUGAUUCUGCACCAGGUCACUCCUGCUUAAGCAAUAUCACCUUUCUUUCAGGUAAAUAACUUGCUUCCUUCUAAUUGCACUCUAAAAAAAAAAAAAAA